AUGCCUUCAGGAAGCUCCCGGCUGUCCAAGCCCAAGCCUCAGGAGAUCGCCUCCGAGACCAAGAGGCAUUGGAUUCCAACUAUUAGAGACCAGUACGCGCACAUAUGGAAGACAUACUCGUACAUUUACCUUGAUCCACUGAGACAGCUCAAUUUUGUCGAGAAGCCGAUCAAUCUCUCGCCUCCCCAGUUCUAUGUAUAUACGGGAGAUCCGGUGGACUGGGCAUUGGACUGGGCAAAGACAAUCAACCGCCAGAUCCCCUUUAUUUGUCCGGCCAACGACAAGCGUCCCGGGGGAGACUGGGAGACGGGCGUUGCCGGCUACGAGGAACGAUUGUGCCGGCGUAGCACCCUCUCCGCGACCAUGGCAACUCCUGCACCCGAUCAGGAUGGGGCGCAUUAUCCCAUCCCCGACAGCGGUGCUCUCGUGUCGAGUGAUGUUGUGGUUUUCCGCGGCCCCCACGACAAAUAUGACAUGCUCCCAUUUGACCAGUGGCAUGCACUCCCGGUCGUAUCAAUGACUCCGGCGCGCCGGCCAAAGCUGACCCAGAAUGGUACGAAGUACUCGUUCGCCAACGAACGGGCCAUGGUCAUGGAUAAGCUACGGGCUGCCCUUCGCAUCUGUGUUUACAACGAUUUUAGCAGCGUCGUGGUCGGCGACUUUGGCCUCGGCAACUAUCGCAAUCCGCCUCUAGAGCUCGCCGAAAUCUGGCGGGAAGUCAUGCUCUACGAUCCCGACCUCCGCGGGCGGCUUGCCUCUGUGGCCUUUGUGUUCGAAGACCCCAGACAGAGCACCGUACAACUAAUCCUGGAUGACCUCCAAAAGAAGGCAAAAGGAAAGCCCCCAGGAGCCUCGUCGAGCGCGAGCUCCUCGUCUACUGCUGUUGCUCCGACGGACUUUCAGAUCUUCUCCCAAGUCUUUGACAACGAGGAGAUUAGGAGGUUCCUCGGGCAGCCAGACGCGAGGUACGGCCUAAACAACCUCCUGGCCGAAUAA